AUGACAGAAGGCUAUAUCCGCGGCGCGCUUCUAGACACGUGGAACGGCAUCUGCACCUCAAAACAACGCGAAGUCGCCACGACCAAGCUCAUUCAGGCUCUCAACCACACUGUCAAAGCCUGGGAGUGCCUAGCCAUGGGACUUCUCGCCCUCGAUCUCGCAAUCACGCUCUACGGCCUCAGCUCUAAGAUCUCCGACGCCGUUAUCCCUAUCCCCAACGAGGUCGCCAUCAUCGCCUUCGCCGAACUCAUGGUUCUCAUUCAGCUUAUGCAAAUAUUCCUCCCAGUAUACCCUGCGGAGGAGUUUGAAAUGUUUGCCAUUCCGCAACAACUGAGAGAGAAGAGCGUUUGCAAGUGGGUGAGCGGCGUCUUUGGACUGCAGGAGACCGAGUUUCCUACGCGUCGCGACGAUAUGAGCGGGAACAACCUGAAGGCCUUUGGUGUCUUUCUCAUCCCCAUCGCCGCCGCUGUGGUAUGGAAGUGGAAGAGGGUUCGUCGCCGCCAAAGGGAAAUGGCGAGGAAUGAGCAAGCGGCGCUUGUUGCCCAGGCCUUUCGUAUGUGGGACGCUUAGAGAAGGGACAGCUGAAGACAAGGCCUCCAAAAGAACCUUCUUGCUUGUUUCGACUUUCAAGGGUGCUCACUGAUGCUGUGCUAUGUAACAUAACGAAAAAAAAGAGACAGCUUCGAGUAUGCGAAGCGCUUCUUUCAUUGGGUAACACAAAUAAGGCUCAAUGUGCUACCCAAGGUCAUUGCUAGCCUGCCCCGUUGGUUGAAGACUUUGCUUCAUAAUUUUUGAAGGACAUGAUGAUACUAGCAAAGAAAGUUCCGUUUCUCCUUUCUCGUCUUGUUCGUAACUAAUAGUCUGUUGACGCAAUGAAUUAUUG